AUGGAGGAAAUACACAAAUUUUGGGAAAUAGAAGACAUAAUAGAGGAAUCAAAUUUAUCAACAGAAGAUCAGAAAUGCAUACAAUAUUACAAUCAAUCAACCAUUCGACGGGAAGACGGAAGAUACGAGGUCCGCCUGCCCUUAAAGCAAAACUUCGAAGACAAUUUAGGAAAUUCCAAAAACAAAGCCAUUGCCUGUUUUCGAUCUUUAGAACGAAAAUUCUGCAAAAACGAAAACAUGCAAAAGGACUAUGUAUCAUUCAUGGAUGAGUAUCAAUCCCUUGGUCACAUGACACCUGCCACUACCAAUAAUACUACAUCAGAUUGUUUUCUCACUCAUCACGGCGUGGAACGCGAAGAAUCAACGAGUACCAAGUUCAGAGUGGUCUUCAAUGCUUCUAGCAAGACAUCAUCUGGAAACAGCUUAAAUGAUCUUAUGGCAAGUGGCCCAAAUUUACAGCAGGACUUACAGUCAUUGAUUAUCAAAUGGAGAGUGUAUCAAUUUGCAUUCACUGCGGACAUCGAGAAGAUGUUUCGCCAGAUUUGGAUGAACAUAAACGAUCAAGCAUAUCAAAAGAUAAUUUGGCGUAACUCGAUGGAAGAGCAUAUCAAAGAGUAUCAGCUGGCUACAGUAACGUAUGGCACAAAAGCUGCCCCGUUCUUGGCGAUGAUGACCCUGAAGCAGUUGGCUUCAGAUGAGAGGUCAAAUUACCCCAAUAGCUCAGCACCGGACGUCCUUGAACAAUCAUUUUAUAUGGACGACCUUGUAUACGGGCAACACAAUAUCAAAUCAUCUCUACAGUUAUGUAACGACCUUAUCAAUUUAUUGAAAGCCGGUGGUUUUAAUCUUCGGAAGUGGAGAUCAAACAUCCCGGAGCUAAACGAGGGAAACUCAAAAAAUUCUAAUCAUUUCAAUUUCAAGCAAGCAGAGCGGGCUAAAACACUUGGCCUCAGUUGGGACCCACAACAAGAUAAAUUAUCAUUCGACAUGAAAAUUGAUCAAUCAACAAAUGAAGACACCAAACGGUCUUUAUUAUCACACAUCUCUAAAUUAUUUGAUCCUCUCGGCUUGUUAGCGCCUUUAUCGACCAAACUAAAACUACUCUUUCAAAAUGUGUGGUUAUCAGAUAUCAAAUGGGAUGACUCUUUGCCAAAAGAGAUACAAACAGAAUGGAUAUCAUUAAAAGACGAUAUUAUUACCAACAUAAACAAAAUAACAAUUAACAGGUGGUUACAAACAACGGAAUGUGAUACUAUCGAAUUGCACGGCUUUUGUGACGCAUCCACAAAAGCUUACGCGUGCGUCAUAUAUUGUAAAGUCAAGAGAGAGGACAAAACGGAAGUAACACUGUUUGCGGGAAAAGCAAGAUUAGUCCCCGCCAAAUCUACAAUAUCAUUACCAAAGUUGGAACUGAGCGGAGCUCUUUUACUAUCAAAAUUAAUGCUAAAGGUCAAACAAUGCCUUAGCGAAUAUAAUAUCAAAAUUUAUGGCUGGUGUGAUUCCAUGAUAUGCCUGGGUUGGCUGAAUGGAGACCCAGCAAGGUGGAAAACCUUUGUUAGCAACAGAGUAACACAAAUAAAUGACGUCAUGCCUCCGGAAUGCUGGCGUUAUGUAAAGUCGGAUGAAAACCCUGCGGACUGUGCAAGUCGAGGUUUAACCGCCACUCAGUUAUUAGAUCAUCCUUUGUGGUGGGAGGGACCUUCUUGGCUGCCAAGCUACCAAGAAGAAGAGGACCGCCCCACAUUCACAACCGACCUGGAAUUGAAAAAAUCAAAACAGGUGAACGUUGUCACUGAAAAAGAUAUAAAUGACGACGUUAUAUAUCAAUUACUAACUAAACACAAUUCAUUUACAAAAAUUGUGAGAAUAUUAGCAUGGAUUUUAAGACUUAAAUCAAAAAAUAAACAAGACAAACAAAAUUACCUAUCAAUAUCAGAAUUAAAUCUAUCAAAAUCUAUCAUUAUCAAAUAUAUACAAAAACAAGAAUUUACAAACGAAAUUAACAACUUAGAACUAAACAACAAAGUAUCAACAAAAAGCAAAUUAUGCGAAUUGAACCCGUUCUUGGACAAGGACGGCAUCCUUAGAGUCGGAGGUCGACUAAGGAACGCUCAAAUCAAUCAUGAAAUGAAACAUCCUGUAAUCAUCCCCAAAAACAGCCGCCUAGCUGAACUCAUCAUUGAUGAAUCACACAAAUUAGUUUUUCACGGUGGAACCCGUCUGACGUCAGCUUUAAUCAGACAAAAAUACUGGAUCAUUGGAGGAAUCAGAGCAGUCAAAAAACAACUGCGUCAGUGCGUCAAGUGCCGACGUCAUGAUCCUGUAAAGCACGAACAAAUCAUGGGUGACUUACCUGCCGCCCGCAUAACGCCAUCCAGGCCCUUCCAUCAUACCGGCGUCGACUUGACUGGGUUCGUAGACGUGAAAUCCAGCAAGGGACGCGGCAUCAAGACGACAAAAGGCUAUAUAGCCGUAUUUGUGUGCAUGGUUACAAAAGCCGUGCACUUAGAAUUAGUAUCAGACCUGACGUCAUCAACGUUCUUAGCUGCUUUACGUAGGUUUGCGGCAAGACGCGGGGCUCCCCAACAUAUCUAUAGCGACAACGGCACAAACUUCGUAGGUGCCAGCAGAACGCUCAAUCAAGAAUUUAUAGAUUUGCAGACUACAUUAGACGACAAGUUUUUCUCAGCUAUCACAGAUAUGGAAAUCCAAUGGCACUUCAAUGCUCCAUCAUGGCCCAGCGCCGGGGGUCUUUGGGAGGCUGCCGUAAAAAGUCUUAAGUAUCAUCUAAAAAGAGUGAUUGGAGAACAGAAACUGACCUAUGAGGAAUACUCCACCCUCCUAGCUCAAUUAGAAGCUUGCCUCAAUUCUAGGCCACUAUGCGCAUUGACAGAGGAUAGUGAAGACUUAGAUUUUUUGACACCUUCACAUUUUCUCGCUAGCGGACCUACAUUAACAAUAAUAGAAACUGAAAACGAUCAUAGAACAAGAUGGCAAUUAACACAAAAAAUAUUCGACGACGUAUGGCAAAGGUGGCGUAACGAGUAUUUAUAUCAACUAUCAUCCCGAAGCAAGUGGCGCCAAUCAAAGGAAAACCUUCAGAUCAACGAUAUUGUAACUAUCAAUGAUGCUAAUCUACCAUCAGGAAAAUGGGCGCUAGGGAGAAUAAUGUCGCUACACCCCGGAAAAGACGGGCACGUGCGUGUAGUCACACUUAAAACGAAAAACGGUCUUAUGAAGCGACCUAUCUCUAAAAUAUCACUUUUACCUAUCUAUCAAGAUCAACAGAAACCAACAAAUCAGCAAAAAACUGUAGCAGCAACUAUCACAAGUAAUAACGAACGUUCAAGAUCGUUACAACAAUCAAAAUCAAGAAAUUUCAUUUAUUUAAUGUGCUUGUGGUUGAUUAUGAUUAUAUCACCCGCACAUUGCUCAUAUCAAAUAUCAAGUCUGAACAACAAUCACGGUUUAUACUUCGACAAAUUCGCUAACAUGCGUCUAGAGCAAGAUCAAUGGAAAUUAGUUAUUUAUUACGACAUGACUCCAUAUUGGCAAGGCACUGAAUUACUCGGUAAAUACAUUACACACCUUGACGAGUCAUGUUUUUAUCAAAGCAGUAAAAGGAUACCUCAAUGUGACGUCGUCCUUCUUCAAUUACAUCAUGGAUUCACCGAGCUCCAACAUUACAAUGGCAUUCUGCUCGGUCAGCAGCUCACACGGCCCGCGCGCUCGCGCCGCGGCCUUAUCAACGGUGUCGGCUCUAUAGCAAACACUCUAUUCGGCGUACUCGAUCAAAAUUUCGCAGAACAGUAUUGA